CAACCUCCCAGGUGCCCCGACUCCCUGGCCCCUGCAGGGCCCGACUAGGCCAGGCUCGCCUGUCCCUCCACGCCCCCGCCCAGCAGGUCAGCAGCCAGUCGUAAGUCUCACCAGCUGCAGCCAUGAGCUCCUCUGUGCAGGACCGUCUCAGAAGCAGCAGCGCCGAGCCCCUCCCAGUGGUCAUUAUCGGCAACGGCCCCUCGGGCAUCUGCCUGUCCUACCUGCUCUCGGGCCACACGCCCUACGUGAGGCCGGACGCUGUGCACCCACACCCACUGCUGCAGAGGAAGCUCGCAGAAGCACCCGGGGUCUCCAUCCUGGACCAGGACCUGGACUACUUGUCUGAGGGUCUGGAAGGCCGCUGUGAGAGCCCCGUGGCCCUGCUCUUCGACGCCCUCCUGCGCCCAGACACCGACAUCGGGGCCAACAUGGAGUCCGUGCUCACCUGGAAGCGGGAGAAGCAGCGGGCUGUGCCCCACCUAGUCCUGGGCCGCAACCUCCCAGGUGGAGCCUGGCACUCCAUCGAGGGCUCCAUGGUGACCCUGAGCCAGGGCCAGUGGAUGGGGCUCCCAGAUCUGCAGGUGAAAGACUGGAUGCAGAAGAAGCGCAGGGGCCUUCGCAACAGCCGGGCCACAGCUGGGGACAUCGCCCACUACUACAAGGACUAUGUGACCAAGAAAGGGCUUAGCCGCAACUUUGUGUCAGGUGCCGUGGUGACAGCGGUGCAGUGGGGCGUGUCUGAACCCGGAAGCUCUGGGCUCCCAGACAGCGAGCCCCUCUUCCAGGUGAGCGGCUUCCUCACCUCCCAGGACCAGAGCCGGCGGCCCUUCUCCCUGUGUGCCCGCAAUGUGGUGCUGGCCACAGGCACCUUUGACAGUCCUGCACGACUCGGCAUCCCUGGGGAGGCCCUGCCCUUUGUGCACCACGAGCUGUCGGCCCUGGAGGCGGCCGUGCGGACUGGCACCGUGGGCCCGGGCUCGGACCCGGUGCUUAUCGUGGGAGCGGGGCUGUCGGCAGCGGACGCCGUGCUGCUGGCCCGCCACUACAACAUCCCGGUGCUGCACGCCUUCCGGCGGCCAGUGGACGACCCCGGCCUGGUGUUCAACCAGCUGCCCAAAAUGCUGUACCCCGAAUACCACAAGGUGCACCAGAUGAUGCGGGAGCAGGCGGCGCUGGCGCCCAGCCCCUAUGCUGGCUACUGCAGCCUCCCCGAGCACCAGCUGCUGCUCUUCAAGGCCGGCGGCCAGGCCGUGCUCCAGGAUCCACAGGGCGGCCAGGCCGUGUUCGCUGUCUCGCUGGCACUGGUGCUCAUCGGCUCGCACCCAGACCUCUCCUUCCUGCCGGGUGCCGGCGCCGCCCUGGCCAUGGACCCUGAGCAGCCGCUGAGUGCCAGGAGGAACCCCAUCGAGGUGGACCCCUUCACCUAUCAGAGCACGCAGCAGGAAGGCCUGUAUGCCGUGGGGCCGCUGGCUGGUGACAACUUCGUGCGGUUCGUGCAGGGCGGGGCCCUGGCUGCUGCCAGCUCCCUGAUCAAGAAGGAGAGUGGCCGGCCACCCUAGCACCAGGCCCUGCAGCCACCGCCACCGCCGGCCUGGCAGCCAGGCCCUGAAGACAGGGCGCUCAGCACAGCCCUGCUGCCUGUGGGGCCGUCCCCCGGGGCCGGAGAGGCGAGCCGACCU